AUGCGGAUGGGCCCCUCCCACCACGCUCCUCCUGUCUGCAUCAGUCGCCUGCAGGUCACGUGCUCUAUCCUCCCUCACUGGGAAGACCAGUCGAUUCACCCCCAGCCUCGGUUCCUGCUGCUAGCGGGACCAGAAGUGGACCUGUCCACCCUGGACCACGUCAAAGCCCUGCUAACCUGGGACAGGAAGGACGCGGCCACCCUGGAACACAUCAAGCCAUGCUGGUACUGGGACAAGAAGGACCUUGGGCACACUCCAUCCCAGUCAGAGGGACUGGACCCCGCCACUGAGGCCCGGUACCGCAGAGAGGGGGCUCGGUUCAUCUUUGAUGUCGGCACGCGCCUCGGGCUGCACUAUGACACGCUGGCUACUGGCAUCGUUUACUUCCACCGCUUCUACAUGUUCCACUCCUUCAAGCAGUUUCCUCGAUACGUGACUGGAGGAUGCUGCCUUUUCCUUGCAGGGAAAGUGGAGGAAACUCCAAAGAAGUGCAAAGACAUCAUCAAGACAGCCCGCAGUCUGCUCAACGACAUCCAGUUUGCCCAGUUCGGAGAUGAUCCCAAGGAGGAGGUGAUGGUGUUGGAGCGCAUCCUUCUGCAGACCAUCAAGUUUGAUCUCCAGGUGGAGCAUCCCUACCAGUUCCUGCUGCGCUAUGCCAAGCAGCUCAAAGGGGACAAGAACAAGGUGCAGAAGCUAGUUCAGAUGGCCUGGACCUUUGUCAACGACAGCCUGUGCACCAUGGUGGCCCUGCAGUGGGAGCCUCAGAUCAUAGCUGUGGCUGUCAUGUAUCUGGCUGGACGUCUUAGUAAGUUUGACAUCCAGGACUGGACGUCCAAGCAAUCGUCCCGCCGCUGGUGGGAGCAGUUUGUGCACGAUGUGCCUGUUGAGGUCUUGGAAGAUAUCUGUCACCAGAUCCUGGACUUGUAUUCUCAGGCCAAGCAGCAGAUACCUGAUGGUGCAAUAGGGACUGGUGAAGACCCGCCACCGUUGACCGUACUGCCCCCCACUGCCCCACCUUUGGCCAAGAAAGCUUCCCCUCAGACCAGCCCCAGGCCACCUAGGCCAGCUCAGCCCUCUCCCAAAGACGACAGCAAGCCCACUAAACUGACAAAUCUGGAACCUCCUCCGCUUCCCCCUCCACUCCCCCCUCCUCCUCCACCCCCGGUCUCCGUAAACCAAGACCAUAAACCCCCUUCCUCUUACCCACCAGGCCCAGAUCUGUCAUCCAAGCCACCUCUCCCACCUCUCCCCCAUUGCCCACCUCCACCACCUCCUCCACCCAUGGACCUCCCCACCUCCAGCUCACUGGUGUCUAGUGAAGGUUACCAGAAGCUCCAGUCCAUGAUGAAGACCGAGGGCUCCUGUUACACCACUGUACCCCAGGUCUGUGCCCCACCCCUGGGCUAUCACCACUACCCUCCUGGCACCACCGCCUACCACACUCCUCCACUCUCAGCCUACAGCUAUUUGCUUGCUCCUCCUCCGUCAGUGUUGGGGAUGGCCCCUAGUUUGAGUGGUGGGUACCCGCCGCCAUCAGCUGCUGGACAUAAUCCGCUCCCCCCUCCAAUGCCCCCUGGGAUGCCUCCAGUUAGCAGCCUGAGUCGAGGUACUUGGAUGAGAUGAGGGAGAUAAAAGGCUCCAGUGUUUUUGAAAUGUCCAAUUUUAAUGUAACCAGUGUUCUCAUCCAAGUCAUCAUUUGCUUGGAUAAUCUGUGUUAUUGCCUCAUAUCCUAAUUUAAUGUUGAUUGGGAGCAGGUGUUCCAUACUGUUAUCUUUUUAUCAGCCUAUGAAAAAGAACAGCGGCUGUAAAAGGCUGCUAUUUUCUAUCGAUUUUACUCUUUGCAUUGAAGAACAUUUCCAUUUGAUUCAUUCAGACAUGUUAACUGGUAUACAACGCAGUUUUUGUUCUUUCCUUUGUAAAGAAAACCCUUCCGUAACUUAAUUGAUGUAUCUAAUGUUGUGAAUACAGAACCCCCCCCCCCCUCAGAAAUACUGUAGAUGUUUACUUUCUUUGCAAUAAAACAUGAUAUACCAGGA